AUGGCCAAACAGAAAGUCACAACGAAAACAACCAAGAGGUUCAGAUACUCCUCAUUUAAAGCUAGAAUUGAUGAUUUGAGAAUCGAACCUGCUAGAAAUCUGACCAAGAGGGUUCAUGAUUAUGUCGAGACCUCCCAUUUCCUUGCUUCGUUUGAUCAUUGGAAGGAUAUUAAUAUGAGUGCUGAUUUUACAUCCUUCUCAUUUGAAGUACAAAAUAUUGUCCAAACUCUACCCCAAAUUCUUUAUCAUGCUGAUACUAUAUUUAAUAAAUUAGUAGAACAUAUUGACAAUCAGGAUGAUAAAUCAUUACAGCCAUUAUUAGAUCUGUUGGCCCAAUUUUGUCAUGAUUUAGGUCCCGACUUUACCAAAUACUAUGAAAGAACAGUAACGUCAUUAAUCAAACUUCUAGACGAUGCCAUUAAAUUUGAAUCUCCUGAUGUCUUUGAAUGGGGGUUCAACUGUUUGGCUUACAUCUUCAAGUAUCUAUCAAGAGUCUUGACUGAUGAUUUGAUUCCAACUUUCGAUAUGUUGUUACCUCUUUUAUCCAAUCCGAAGGAGUAUUUAUCUAGAUUCUCUGCUGAAGCAUUAUCAUUUUUAAUUAGAAAAUCAAGUGCCAAAAAGCUCUUAACAUUAACAUCUCAUUUCUUCGAUAAAUUGGAUGCCGAUGACGAAAGCUCUAACUUAUAUGAUGGGUUAUUGAUUCUAUUUACGGAGGCCAUUAUUUCAACUCCAGGGUCACUGCAUUCCAAAUCAAACUCUAUCAUAAAUGUUCUUAUUGAACAAUCGUUUAAUAAGCCAAACUUGGAAUCAUGUACCACUUUAAUAUGUGAUGUUUGGAUGAAUAUAUCUAGGCAUGCGGAAAUGGAUGCAUUGACACCUGUAGCGGCAACAGUUGUUGAAUGCUUAACAAAAUUUUCCAAUCAACAAAAUGGAAGUCACAUAAUAAAAAUAGUUUCCACAAUGGUAUAUGCUGAAAGUGGUAGAAAAAUCGAUGAUUGGUCGAUGAUAACAAAACUUGUAGAUAGUGUGAUCGAAAGCACAGAAAAGGGAUCUUUACAAGCUGAUAAUAUUUCAUUUUUAUUUGCUGUACUAUUACGUAAUGCGGAUGUUAGAUGCUUAACUCAAUUUCACAAAACCAUAUUUGAAACUAUCCUUAUGGAUUAUGCUUCUCAUUUUUUGCAAUUCUUUUCGUUUUGCCAAGACCUUACCUUAGACAGAUUAAUCUCGUUUAAUGGUUCCAAAUAUCUUAAUAAGUAUAUUGAAGACAACUGGAAUAAUGAUGAAGAGGGGAUUUCGCUAUACCUUCUACAACUACAUAAAAAUGAUAGACACUCAUCUAAGAUUACUGUAAAAUUACCAACUGAGUUCACUAAUAGCACUUUAGAAUCUUUGAAGAAAUAUUGUAGAGAUGUGUUAUCUACAGAUGAUUUGUACGAGAUCUAUUGGAGAUCCAUUGUGCUAAAACACAGUGUAUCUCUUCCAAAUGGUGUAAUUUUAGAAUUGAUCAAGAUCUUAUUAAAUUCCACUGAUUUUGCAAGUAAUAAAUUUAACAAAGAUGUCAUUGGUUGUCUUAUCCAAAUUCUUUCAGAUACAAAGUGCGAAGAGUUUGUGACAUUAUUCCCAACACUAGUCUCGAGAAUAUCACAAAAUAUCGAUAGCAUUUUUUACAUCAGAGGAUUAAACCAUCUACUGAAGAUAACCAAAAAUGAUGAUAAAUUACAGACCAUUCUAUCCAAAAAUCAGGACACAUUUGUUCAUCUGGGUGAUAAUUUAUCUCUUCCUAACCCCCAAUUGAGAUAUGAAACAAUUAACCUUUUAAUGGCUGCAUUUGAGAUUCAAAACGUAGAAAUUCCACGUUAUCUACAGGAAAUAAAACUGUUAGAGGAUAUCCCACUAACUUUACAAAAUGCAAGAGAUAUUACCACAAGAAUAAGAAAUGCCGGUAAGGAGUUUUCUAAAUCCGAACUUGGUGACAUUAUGGGUAGCUUUUUCAUCAAAUACUUGUUUGGAUUACUCACUAUCAGGUUUUCUCCUGUUUGGGACGGUGUGUACGAAAUAAUUCCCGAUAUUUAUAAUAAGGACGCAAACCUUACUUGGAACUUCAUCUAUAGAUUUUUGAAUAUCACCCAAAAAGCAGACGAAUCGACAGAUAUCGAAGAGACACUUCAAGAUGAUGAAAAGAACAUAUUAUGGAUUUCGCACAUAACAAGAUUAGACUCCGCUCUGCAAUUAUUUAGUACCGCCUGGAAAAAAUAUACAUUCAACAGGGACACCAUAAUAUCUGUUACUAAAGAAAGUAGAGGGCCAAAUGAAUAUCCACCUCAAAUCAGAAUGCAAGUAUUGACUCUAUUGUCCAAGAUACCAAUGUUAGCAGAAAGAAAUUCCAAGGAGUUUGUUCCCUUCUUAUUUAAUGACGUAGAAUCGAGAGGUUUGUUCGAAGAAAAUGAGAUUGUUCUUACUUCAACCUCAACAUGGUAUGAGACGGAUAAGAAUCUGUUGUUAAAAAUCUUAAGUAAUUUCAAAAACAUUAAGAAUAUUUUUAAAGCCAAUGAUGUAUUUGACAAACUGAUGAAACUUUUGGGUAGUCGUACCGUAGACGUCCAGAAGCUUGCUUUAAAUGCGCUAUUUUGUUUUAAAAACCCUACAAUUGUCAAGUAUAGGGACAACCUAAAUAGUCUUUUGGAUGACACUCUUUUUAAAGAUGAGGUUACCAAAUUUCUUUCCGAUAAUGACACAAGAACAAUAAGCAAAACCGAAGAAGAUGAAAUCAUGCCAUAUAUAUUAAGGAUACUUUAUGGUCGUGCGCAAACUCCACCUACGAGUGGUAUCAAAAAGAGUAGAAAAGUAGCUGUUCUUUCAGUUCUACCAAAUUUAAGGGAAGAAUUCAUAAUUAAAUUUUUCGAACUGGGAAGUCAUGGUUUUUCCUUUGAUUAUUUCUUUGAGAAUAACUACCAAAUUGAACAAUCAGAAGUAACUGCAUUGAAUCUGAGAAGAAUGACUGGUUUUAUAAAUAUUAUCAACAUGUCUUUAGCAUACCUCGGUUCGAAUUUUCCUGAAGCUAUUGGAGCAAUUAUUAAACCGCUUCUUUACAGUAUUGCGAUGUCCUAUACUUCUUCUCCUGAAAGUGAUAAUACUGAAUUUGAGGCUAAAUUAACUACAAAUUUAAGACAACAAUCUUUAAAAUGCCUAAAUACCAUUUUCCAGACUUUAGAAGACAAGUACAAUUGGUCUAGUGCCAUCCAAGAGAUUUAUGAAAUAGUACUGAAGCCAAGAUUAGCGUUGUUUGCAACAGAGAACUUGCAACAACCAUCUUCAUUAUUAAAGUUGAUUAUUUUUUGGACGAAAAGUCCAUCAUACUACAAAUUUUUAUACUAUGAUAACUUUGCAGUUACUAGAGUAUUAAUGGAAACUUUAACUAACGAGCAUGCUAAAGAAGCUGUAAUCAAUAUCAUUCUUGAUGGUUCUAAUGAAAUUAUUUCAAAACAAUCAAAAGAAGACCAAUACAUAGAUCUCGUAUCUAUAGUCGCUAGUUCCUGUUUACAAAUUCUGCCUCAAUUAUACAACCGUAUGGUUAAUAUUGAAACAAUGUCAAAAGCGGUUGAACUAUUAUUAAACAUGACAGAAGCAGGUUACGUCCAAAAUAACGAAACAAGAAAGUAUCUCCUAGAUGCACUACAGUUAAUUAUUGAGAAGAAUUUCAAAAAUCUCAAGAGUAAAGACACAAUUAAGAUAUUAAGGGUUAUAUCAGUUCUAAUUUCAGAAUAUGAUUGUCCUUGGGAAGAUGUGGAACGUCUUUAUAAGGAUUUAUCUGCGUUAUUCAUGGUUUUCACGGAGAAAGACCAAAGAAUUGAGUUGAGUGAUAUAUUUAAUAAAAUUGGUGGACGUUUCAGUGCUUUUGUAGAUGUUGCUACUUUAGUAUCUGACUUUAACUCCUAUUCGUCAAGACGAAUGAAUGAAUAUGAUUUCCCAAGAAUUCUAUCAGCUUUUAAACUUUUUACUGAAACACAGUAUAAGCUUUUCUCUAAUCUUCAAUGGCUUCCAAUCCUUUACAACUGUCUAUAUUUUAUUAAUGACAAAGAUGAACUAGCAUUGAGAACAAAUGCAUCUCAUUGUCUAAAACUAUAUGCUGAUUACUUGAAUGAGGAAUAUAAGACUACUGAAAAAGUUAAAGACAUAUCAACCUUUAAAGAAAUCAUGCUGCCUGCAAUUUGUAAUGGUCUAAGAAGAUACACGGAAGAUGUUCAAAAUGAAUAUAUUUCUAUCGUAUCAUAUUAUGUAGAAACUGUUACAUUCUACCCAGGUCUUGAUGACAUGAAAGUACUGCUAUUUAAGGGUGAUGAAGAAGCCAAUUUCUUUACGAACAUUACUCACAUUCAAUUACAUCGUCGUCAAAGAGCUGUUAAGAGAUUAAGAGAGUACUCCUCCAAAUUAUCCGACAACAGUGUUUCACAUUACUUGAUCCCAAUAAUCGAACACUAUGUUUUCAGUGAUGAGGAUAAGUUCAGAAAUAUUGGUAAUGAAGCUCUUCUAACUAUCGGGAUACUUUCUGGGAAGAUGAGCUGGAAACAAUAUAGGGCUCUUUUACGUAGAUAUAUUUCAUUUGUGAAGGCGAACGGGGAUAAACUAAAACAAGGUGUACUAUUAAUCAAUGAAAUAUCAAAAGCCAUGAAGAAUACUCUUCUAUCACUAAAAAACCCUGACAACACAUCAUUUGGUACUUUUUCCAAACUUCCAAAGAACAGCGAAGAUCUAAUUUCUUUUAUUAAAGAUGAUUUAUAUCCAACAUUAACAAAAAUUGUUGCAGUUAGAGAUGAAGAAACAGUAAUUGCAAGAAUUCCACUUUCUGAGGCAUUAGUUAAUUUUAUACUUGGUUUGGACCAUGAUGAUAUUGUUAAUUUAUUACCUGGUAUUUUAACCAAGAUCUGCCAAAUAUUAAGAAGUAGGGCUAGUGAAUUACGUGAUGCAGUCAGAUCCAACCUGGCCAAAAUUACAAACAAUGUGGGAGCAAAGUACUUGUUUUUUAUCAUAAAAGAACUAAAAUCUGCGUUACAGAGAGGUUCUCAAGUUCAUGUAUUAGGUUAUACUGUGCAUUACAUUAUUAGAUCUAUGUAUGAUCAUUUAGGAUCUGGAGAUCUUGAUGAUUCAGCCGCUCUAACUGUUGCAGUUAUCAUGGAAGAUAUAUUUGGUUCUACUGGUCAAGAGAAGGAAUCCGACAACUACCAUACUAAAAUGAUUGAAGUUAAGGUUAAUCAUAGUUACGAUACAGGUGAAGUCUUAGCCUCUAAUAUCAGUCUAAGUUCUUUUGAUGACAUUCUGACACCUGUCAAAGCAUUAUUAUCAGAGCAUAUCAAUUUAAAAACUCAAAAGAAGCUUGAAGAAUUAUUGAGAAGAUACGCAUUAGGUAUUAAUCACAAUAAGGCAUGCCAAACACAGGAAAUAUUAUCAUUAUGUUAUGAAAUAUUUGAGCAAUCAAAGGAUGAGAAGUCAAACACCCGUAAGAAAAAGAAUGUUAAAGUGAUUACCGAGAAGGAAGAAUUUUUCCUAGUGAGUCUAAAUGCGAAAAAGGCAAUGAUACAUAAAGAAGAUACCCUAUACACUGAUGUGAUGCAAAAAUUUUCGUUAGACUUGUUACGUACCAUCCUAUCAAGGAAUAAGGAACUUCUAAAUGUACAAUACCUAGCUGGAUUUAUCCCAUUGCUGAGUGAAGCACUACAAUCCGAAAAUGAGGAUGUUUUAACAAGUGCGCUACGUGUAUUAGUUAUCCUAAUCAAAUUGGAUUUUACAGAAGAAUCUGAAGCACUCUUCAAAAAUUGUGCACGUAAGGUAUUAAAUCUAAUUAAAGAUUCACCAUCCACAUCGAAUGAUCUAUGCCAAAUGGGUCUUAAGUUCUUGUCCUCAUUUAUUCGUCAUAAAGAUAUUAAGUUAAAGGAUACCGCGUUAAGUUAUGUUUUAAUGAGAAUCCUACCGGAUCUAAAUGAACCAAGUAAACAAGGGUUAGCUUUCAACUUUUUAAAGGCAUUAGUUUCUAAACAUAUCAUGCUUCCUGAACUUUACGAUAUUAUUGGUUCUGUUCGUGAGAUCAUGAUUACAAACCAUUCCAGAGAUAUUAGGAAUGUUGCUAGAACUGUUUACUAUCAAUUCCUAAUGGAAUAUGAUCAAAGUAAAGGUAGACUAGAAAAACAAUUUAAAUUUAUGGUAGAUAAUUUACAGUAUCCAUCACCUGAUGGUAGACAAUCAGUCAUGGAAUUGGUCAACCUUAUUAUCACAAAAUCAUCUCCUGAAUUACUGUCAAAGUUAUCGUCGUCUUUCUUUAUUUCGUUAGCGAAUGUAUCAUUUAAUGAUGAUAACGGUAAAUGCCGUGAAAUGGGUGCAGUUCUAUUAACUCGUAUGUUUUCUGUUUUAGACGAUAAAAAUAUGGGAGAUAUUGAUAAGUAUAUUGGCACAUGGUUGAAACAGUCCGAUAAUCCAACUUUCCUAAACCUUGGGAUGAGGAUAUAUAAGAUAUAUUUAUCCAGUUUAGGUACAGGCAGAAAUCUUGAGCUAGAACAAUUGGCCAGAGCUAGAAUUCAGAGUGUUCUGAAUGACACUAAUGUUGGUUCAGAAACAAAUUGGGAUUUAAUAUAUUCAGCCCUUAACCUAUACACUAUUUUUAUCGAAAAGGCUCCAGAAGAACAAUUUAAGAAAGAAAACAAAAAUCUGUGGGAUGACGUAGUAUCGUGUCUAUUGUAUCCUCAUGCGUGGGUACGUCAAGCAGCUGGACGUCUGGUAUAUGAAUUAAUGAGUAACCUAGAUUAUAUGGAUGAUACAUUUAAUGAAGAAGAUAUUCAAAAUAUUGCGUCAAGAGUGUUGCAUCAACUUGCAGCACCUUCUAUUUCCGAAGGUUUAUCGUCAAUUGCUAUUAAAACUUUGAUUAAGAUAAUUAUGUUAUGGGAUAAGAAUAAUACAGCUUUCUACCAGAAGAAGGAUGCAGAUGAAGAGCAAAUUAGUGAGAAUACGUAUCUGAAUGCUAUCGAUUACAUAAUUGUGAGAGUUUCAAAGAUUAUCAGAAGUGAACAUAACCCAGCAGAUUCAUUUAUGUCCAAAAAAGCUGGUAUUCAAUUUUUUGCGUUAGUGGUCCAAAUGUUGUCAGAAAUGCAAGUUACGCAAGAAGCUGAAAAAAUUAUUCUAGCCCUUUAUAUGCAUUUGGAAUCAGAUAGAGGUAGAUUAUCGGAAGAGCAGGAAGAGUUAUCUAAUCUAUCUCAAGAAUGUCUACAAAUGGUUGAAUCCAAAAUGGCUGUAUCUGCAUUUACCGAGGCAUACACCAAUGUUAGACAAGUAGUUAUUAGAAGAAGGGAAGAAAGAAGGGCCAAGAGAUCAAUUAUGACCAUCAAUGAACCUGAAUUAGCAGCACAAAAGAAAAUGAGAAAACAUACUAGAUCUAGAGAAAAGAGAAAACAUGAAAAGGAUGACAAUGGGUUCUAUCAAAGAAAAAAUAAGAGAAAGAGAACCUGA